AUGGAGCAUAAAGAGAGAAGCAAUAGUAAAGAUACGCACAAAGAGAAGAAGGAAGUUUCAAGAGCUCAGAAGCAAGCCCACGGAGCUCUGAGACAACUUCUCAUCGUAUCAUGCCUAUGCAUUAUCUUUAUGUGAAUUGAGAUUGUAGGAGGGUAUUUAGCACAUUCGAUUGCUAUAAUGAGCGAUGCUGCUCAUCUCCUUUCUGAUUUCUCAGGGUUCUUGAUUUCAAUGUUUUCUAUUUGGAUAGGAACAAGACCAGCCUCCGGAAAUAUGAGCUUUGGAUACCACAGAGCUGAAGUUAUAGGAGCGCUUGGUUCUAUUUUGUUGAUUUGGGGACUUACAGCCUGGCUUGUGACUGAAGCUAUCCAUAGAGUCUUACAACCUGAGGCUGUUGAUGGCAAGAUCAUGCUUAUCACUUCAGUAAUUGGGCUUAUUAUUAACUUAUGUAUGAUGAAAGUUUUACAUUCUGGGCACGGUCAUUCUCACGGGCACUCUCAUGGCCAUUCUCACGGACACUCUCAUGGCCAUUCUCAUGGGCACUCUCACGGGCACUCGCAUGAAGGCAUAAAAGAGAAACCUGAUAAAGCUAAUGAUCUAGAAAAUCAGGACCAAGAUGAGUAUAAGAAGUUGGACGUACAAGUUGAUAUGAAAGAAGGUUACAGAAAGUUGAUUAGUGACGAAAACGACCAUAUUGGUCAGGCUAAUGAUGAAGAUGGCCAUUCCUCUCAUAAAGGAAAUAAUGCAACUAAAACAUCUGAAGAUAAUCGUGUUCAUAAGAGGAAUCUUUACAUUGAUGAAGGGGAAGAUGGAAACCAAAGCAAUCAUGAGAGCGAUUCUGGUACUGAGAUGGAUGAUAACCAUCAUCAUAAUCAUCCAACCGAAGAGGAAAACAUCAAUAUCAGAGCAGCCUUUAUUCAUUUGAUAGGGGAUAUAGUUCAAUCAAUUGGAGUCAUAAUUGCUGCGAUCAUUAUUUUCUUUUAUCCUGAGCUACAAAUAGUAGACCCAAUCUGCACUUUCUUGUUUUCAAUCUUUGUGAUAAUUACAACUCUGAGAGUCACCAAGGACUGUAUCAAGGUCCUUAUGGAAGGUGCUCCUAAUAAUAUCAAAGUAGACGAAAUAGAAAGAGAUUUACUUGACUUAAAAGGUGUAGAGGAAGUUCAUGAUAUUCACGUCUGGUCACUUUCAAUGGGUAAAGUAGCACUAUCCGCUCACAUUACAAGCGCCAAACCCUUAUCAACUCUCAAAAGAGCCACCAAAUGAAUGAGGAAGAACUACGGAAUUACUCAUACAACAAUACAGGUUGAAGCACAAAGUGAUAUGAAACACUCUUUUGAAUGCUCUCAUGAUUUGCAUGAAUAA